AUGAAGGAAGAUGAUAAGCCCGAAAAUAUCUCGUCCAGCGGGCUGGAAAUCGAACGGGCCUCUACGCUAGGAUUUCAAUCAGGAGAUGGAAUUGAAACAACGAAGAUGGAAAACGAUGACGCGGAAGUAGAUCCAAACAUAGUUACUUGGGACGGACCUGACGAUCCAGAUAAUCCUGUGAAUUGGCCAGCCCUGAAAAGGUGGACCCUCAUAACGCUUGUAUCUUCAGUCACACUCGUCGCUGGUCUUUCUUCGUCCAUCUUCGCGCCUGGAGUGCCAGCCCUGAUGAAGGAGUUCCAUUCCACGAACGAAAUCUUGGGCAGUUUCGUCGUAACAAUCUACGUCCUCGGCCUAGCCACGGGACCUGUCUUCUUCGCGCCGUUAAGCGAGUUGUACGGCAGGCUUCCCAUCCAGCACAUCGGCAACGUAGGGUUUCUCAUAUGGACCGUCGCUUGUGCGCUUGCCACCGACCUCAACAUGCUUAUCGUUUUUCGCCUGGUGCAGGGGAUUUUCGCGGCGGUGCCGCUGACGAACGGCGGAGGCGUGAUUGCGGACACGGUACGGCAAGAGGAGAGGGGAUUCGCCUUGGCCAUGUUCACAUUCGGCCUUCUGGCUGGUCCCGUCAUCGGCCCCGUGUGUGGCGGCUUUCUUACCGCUGCGACGAGCUGGAGAUGGUCGUUUUGGCUUUGCGCGAUUCUGCUCGCGCUGCCCACCGUGCUGACCGUCCCUAUCUGGCGCGAAACAUAUCCUCCGAUCAUACUUGGCCGCAAAGCCGCACGGCUGAGAGAGGAGACCGGGAACGACGCCCUUCGCACAGAUUUCGACAAUGGCUUGGCCCCGUGGCCGUACUUCAAGAGAGGCAUCAACCGCGCGAUGAAAUUUUUGUUUCUCUUCCCAGUCGUCACGUCUGUUUCCGUGUACAUGGGCCUGAUGUACAGCUAUUUCUACCUCCUCAUCACCACGAUCACGCCGACUUUCGAAGACGUCUAUCAUUUCAAGACAAGCGUCGUCGGUCUCGCAUACCUUGGGCUGGGAUCUGGUUAUUUCUUUGGACCGCUUGUCUUUGCGCUAGUCAGCGACCCCUUGCUCAAACGCAAGGCCGCGAAGGAAGCGACCUCAGGUGGAGAAAUGAAACCAGAGUACCGACUUCCUUUAGCUGUUGUGGGCGGUAUCUCGGUUCCCAUCGCGUUCCUUUGGUAUGGUUGGAGUGCCCAGGCAAAAACUCAUUGGAUUGUCCCAAUAAUUGGACCCGCAUUUCUAGGCUUUGGAAACUCGUUAAUAUUUAUGUCGACGCAAGCAUAUCUCGUUGAUGCCUACACAGUCGGCGACGAUAUGAUACAGACUCUGGUUGGAUAGAUUUAAACCUCAUUGAAAAGGCAUUUUUCUCUAGUGCGAUGUGCAACGGCUGCCGUAGGAUUGGUUCAUGGUUACAAAGGACUGGUAUCAAACCUCGUGACUGACCUGACGGUCUCUGAGGCCGUCUUCACAUUUCUUGCCACCCGUCCUUUCAGAACAUUCUUGAAAAGAGAAGAGAACAGAGGUAGAAUUAUCUACAAUUCCCUCUUAGAACCAACGAGCUCAUAGUCUGAGAGCCAGGCAAAAACAGACCCAAUCAUUCGAGCGUCUCA